UAAAGAGAAGGAAGUGUGAUGUGGGGAAGCCAAAUUUUAAGGAGCGACUAUUAGGAGCUGCAUGCUUACUAUCACAGAUGGUUGAGCCAAUGUUGAGAGCAGCAACAGAGGUAUCAACUUUGCUAGCUCGUUCAUUCUUUAUGGGAUUUUCUCUGAUGAUUUUAUCUCUCCUUGCACGCCUCCGGGUUUUGGUUCAACAAUUACUGCUUGACGUGGUUUCAGUAUUCAAUGCUGUCUCUUGUAUCUCUCAAAAGAAGCAAUCUGUAAAAUUUAAUCAGGAAGGAGUAGAGGUAUAUAGAGAGUAUUAUCCAAAAGAAGAAGAAGAAUAUGUCACCCUGGAGUGUGUAUGGGAGACAGAUAAGUUCAAAUUAGUUGAGAAGACAGAGAAGUGUGAGAUUAAAAGUGAAGAAGCAGCUAUUGGAAAAGAUGUUUCAGUAGGAGAUACUGCUGUCCAGUACCAGAGUAUCGAGUCUUUUCUUGAAGAUGAUGAAUCUCCUGAAAAGGCAGACGCAAGCUGUACAGCCAAUGAAGGCUCAACUGAUGUGAAGCCUAAGGAUACCAAUCCAUCAACAAGCCCUGCCAUUGAGGGUGGUGCAGAACCAAGUCCUUGUAAAAAUCCACCGAGCACUUCCGUGACCUCGAGUAGUUCAAAGCUAAUAUCUGGUAAAAGAAAAGUGGCAUUUGUCUCUGUUAAGAGACCAGCACCAUCAGCACCUUCAACGACAAAACUACCUGAUCUUCCCUCUAAGGAAGAUGUGAACAGCAGCGGUGACAGAGUAGAUCAAUUUUAUAAAUUGCUUACUGGUGGAAACAUAAAAGACAGUCUUUUCUGAUGAACUCAACAACACUAGUUACUAGAUGUCUAGUGUCAAUUUCAUUAUGUUUUCUCAACAAAAUCUCUGCAACAUGCUGCAACUAAAUUGCUUAUUUAUUUAUUUAUUUAUUUUUUGGGUACCUUGAAGGGUUAGUUGCCUGCUAUGAUUAGAGUUUGAACUCUUGACAUUAAUCCCAAAUUAAAAUUUUUUAAUUAGA